AUGGCCAAUCCUCCCACUGUCGAACCCAAUCCCACCACCGUCGACUCAUCUGAUCGGCAGACCCAAGCCGUUGCGCAUUCUGAUCGCCGUCCGGUCACUGUACUGCCACAAGCGCACCAUUACGUGUCGCUAAAGCUGACUGCCACGAACUAUUUGUUCUGGAGAGCGCAGCUGGUCCCAUUCUUGAGAGGUCAAAACCUUUAUGGCUUCGUCGACGGAACGAGUGUUUGCCCGUCGGAAUUUUUGCCCUCCCCGUCGUCAUCAACAGUGUCUCCGACGGUGAAUCCGCUGUAUACAGAUUGGGUCCAGCAGGACCAGUCAAUUUCAAGUAUGUUAUACUCAUCCAUGGCCGAGGAGGUGCUUUACCUCGCGAUCGGCCACACUACAGCCAGAGCCGUCUGGGUCUUGGUCGAAACAGCCUUAGGAUCCACAUCCUGUUCCCGUACUCUUAGUCUAUUGACGCAACUCCAGGGACUUCAACAAGGUAACUCGUCGACAACUGAUUACCUUGGCCGUGCUAAGAUUUUGGUGGAGCAGCUUGCACAGGCCGGUAGGCCGAUAGACUUGGAUGAACAGAACCUGCACCUCUUCCGGGGGUUGAGGCCAGAGUACAGGUCGCUCGUAGCCUCUCUUACGACCAAGAGUGCUCCCCUUACCAUCUCUGAAGUGGCGGAUCUCCUCAGCACACAUAGCUAUCUGUUUCCAGAAGACUCCGCUCCAGUUGGCCACCCUCCGGUCUUCUCCACCUAUUGUGGUGGUUAG